GUUUCAUUUCGUAUAACUCUCGCCGCGGUUGUGCAACAAGUUGUUUUUCCGAUUGUUUUCUAUGCGUUAAACGAACGUGUACGCCGUUUAACUUGAACAAACUUGAGAGCAUUAUGAGUUAUUCUAGUCGAAUCGCACAAUCGCCCGAGUAUACCAGCUUCAGGAGUAACGUGCCGCUCAAGAAAAUCUUAUUGGACGACGCGUCUAACAAGGGAUGGCGAGUGUACGAUACGGGACCGCGAUCUGUCGAAACCCCAUUGGUUUUCCUGCAUCCGGUCAGUGGCACGGCCGAAAUAUAUUUCAAACAGUUGCUUUCGCUAAGCGCAAAAGGUUAUAGAGUGAUAUCGGCAGAAAACCCGCCUUACUGGAGCGUAACCGAAUGGUGCGAAGGAUUCAUGCAGCUUUUAGACCAUAUGGACAUAAAAAACAUACACCUAUUUGGCGCUUCCUUAGGUGGUUUUUUGGCGCAAAAAUUCGUCGAGUUUUCAACGAUUGUACACCAACCAAAAGUCGUGUCUCUAUUUCUGUGCAAUACGUUCACGGAAACUUCUAUUUUUAAAUACAAAGAAGCUGCUGUACUAUUUUGGAUUUUGCCCGCAAUAGUACUGAAAAAAAUGGUUUUAACAAAUUUCACUUCGAGAGAGGCUUAUCAUGAUACGCAAAUCGUAGACUCGAUAGAUUUCAUGGUCGAACUGAUCGAGUCACUGUCUCAAGCGGACUUGGCCUCUCGUCUGACGAUGAACUGUUUGAACAGCCGAGUCAACACCUCAUUGAUGAGAGGCUUGAAAACCGUCACCAUAAUGGACGUGUUCGAUAAUUACGCCUUGGGUUCACCCGUCAAAGAAAAAGUCUACAAAGAAUAUCCGGAUGCCAAGUUGGCACAGCUCAAAUCCGGUGGCAAUUUUCCGUAUCUCAGUCGCAGCGACGAAGUCAAUUUACAUUUACAGAUUCACCUAAGACAAUUUGACGGUACCCCUUUCAGUGCAAGCGACAAUCUUCCCAUUAACGAAUGAUACGAAAAAUUCUAAGAAGUCGUUCACCGAAUAUAAUAUAUUUUAUACAAGUUGAAAAUAGCUCAAUUUUUAUACAGGCCAACGUACUGAUUUUGAAUAAUAUGCGCUGUAAACAUUGAAUUUCAACAACUAGAUAAUAUUAUACUUUACACUGUUCGUUUUAUGACAAUGUUUUUUCCUCUAUUUUUUUUUAUAUAAUUAAUUAAUUAAUUUUUAUUUACUUUUGAGACUUAUUUUUUUUUUUUUAAACUUGUGAUUUAAAUGAUUAUUUCUUUUUUAUGAAAACCACACGUAUAAUAACACUAAAUUAAAUUAAUAUUCACAUUAAAGAAGAAUGGUUGGAUUUUUUGGAUAAAUAGAUAAAAUAGGUAUAUAUAUAUAUAUUUCUGCUUCAAAUACACUUGUACAAAUUCAAUAUCAUGUAAAUUAAAUAUCAUUGAAAACUACUCAACAACUAUACUAUACUAUUAAUUAAUCAAUGACAAAAUAUAUACACAGAUAUUUAGCGAGUGUUAUUUUCUAUUUAUAUUGUUUAAUUUUAAGUGUUUUUUUGAUUGUAAAAAUAAUAAAAAUAAAAGCGUUAGUUUUUUUAUUUUGUCUAAUACAAUUUUGUUAUAUUUUUGUUAUUAUAUUUUAUUUAUUUCAUUAUAUUAAAACGAAUACGACGGUUGAACUCAACUUUAUUAUAAUGCCAAAGUCUAGGUGAUGGAGGAAUAUUGUAUGGUAAUUAUGUUUGUACAUUUUAUUGCUUUUUUUCAUAAUAAACAACAUAAUUUGUGUCAAUUAA